AUGAUAGAUUCAAUAACGAGGCAAGAGACACGCAAGUCAGGUGCAUCAAGACCUGAUUCGUCGCCUGGGCUAAAUCGAUGCUUGUCUGGAAAUCACCUCGAUGACACCUCGUACUAUACCGGACACCCUAAUACUCAAGGAACAAUAGAUCAAGAGACGGAGCACGCUUCUACAGUUGAUUCGGAAGAUACAGAUACCGAUGGUGUUUCUACUAUAUCGCCAGAAGUCAUAGAUGGGAUCGAGGUUGAGAGGGAUGUUGAGUUGGGGAGAGAAAAGACCCGAAAGAGCUUGAAAAGUGUUAGGGAUUUAAACUUAGUUUCCUGGGAAGGACCGGAUGAUCCAGAGAACCCUAAGAAUUGGAAAAUCGGACGUAAAUGGGCUGCUGUAUUGGUAGUCUCGAGUUUCACCUUUAUAUCCCCCGUUUCCUCCUCGAUGGUAGCACCAGCUCUUGCUUCGAUAUCUGCAGAUUUACAUAUUGUGAAUUCUAUAGAGCAAAGUUUGGUGCUGUCUAUUUUUGUCCUGGCUUAUGCCGUUGGAUUAUUCUUUCUUCAAGAAACGUUUGCGCCUGUUUUGCUGGGACGCAAGAAGAACAAGCUUAUCCAGGAAACAGGAAAUCAAGAUCUGCACACAGAAUGGGAUGUACCAAACCGAACCAUUACUACGACCCUCAAGAUUAGUUUAACGCGACCAUUCAAAUUACUUGGAACGCAAGUGAUUAUACAGGUUCUGGCUGUAUAUAUGGCUUACCUCUAUGGUAUAAUGUAUCUCGUACUCUCUACAUUUCCAGGACUGUGGGAAGGUGUAUACGGCGAAAGUACUGCAAUUGGUGGACUGAACUACAUUUCUUUGGGCACUGGUUUCUUCCUAGGUACGCAGAUAUGUGCGCCUGCACAAGACAGGAUUUAUCGAGCCUUAAAAGCACGUAACAAUGGAGUCGGAAAGCCCGAAUUUCGAGUUCCUCUAAUGAUUCCUGGUGCCUUCCUUGUGCCAGUCGGGCUCUUCUGGUACGGAUGGAGUGCUCAAGCCCAAACUCACUGGAUAGUGCCAAAUAUUGGAGCGGCAAUCUUCGCGGCAGGAACUAUCAUUGGAUUUCAAUGCAUUCAAACGUAUAUUGUCGAUUCCUACACCAAAUACGCUGCAAGUGCUGUAGGUGCAGCCACCGUCAUGAGAAGUUUGGCUGGUUUCGGAUUCCCAUUGUUUGCACCAUACAUGUACGCAGCGUUAGAUUAUGGUUGGGGCAACAGUUUGCUUGGAUUUAUUGCGAUUGGGCUGGGAUGGCCGGCUCCCAUCUUGUUGUGGUUGUAUGGAGAGAAGCUCCGCAUGAGAAGUACAUUUGCAGCUGGAUAA